AUGUAUGGGUCGGAUAUUGGACUGACUCGAGAGGGCGAUCCGACGCCGAUAACUGUAUAUCGCGUCGGAAAGUCUUCCCGUGGCAUAUAGAUACACUGAAGGAGGAUUGCAACAUUGGAAGGAGGGGGAGAGAAUGGACUGUUAGGAAGCAAGCAAGUAAUUUUUGAAAAUUUGUAAAGUGUGGAGUUGAGGAAUUUUAUUCUGAGGGGCAAUCCUUGGAAGGUGUUCGGAAGGUACUGGAAACGUUCUGGGAAAGUAACCAGCAGGAGGUUGAGAGGUGGAUGGAAGCUAGACGUUUUUGAGGUGUUCAGAAGGUGAUUGGAAGGUCAAACAUUGAAAAUGCCUGCCAGAAGCCUUCCAGAAUCCUGGUGAAAAGCUUCUGCCAGGCUUUUUUUUCUGAGUAAAAGCUGUUGGGAAGUCAUGUCCAAGCCAUUCGAACACUUGCUGGAAAGCUUCCAAACGCCUUCCGAAGAACCAAAACAAGAGCUUCCUAACUUUCACCUGAAUAGAAGGUCUUGAGAGCGCCUUGGGAAGGUGUUCAGAAGAUACAGUAGUUGAAAGGUCUUUAUAAAGUAAACAAUUGUGAAUGCAUGUCUGAAGCCAUCGAUCAGGAUUCUGAAAGAUAAGUAGAAAAGUGGAAAGCUAUGUGGAAGGCGUUGGACCACUUAUGGGAAAGCUUCCAAGCGUCUUCCGUGCUAUGAACUUUCCCCAUAUUUAUCUGAGUUAGAAGGUCACCAGCAAGUGGCACAGACAGCUCUCCAACACCGUUUACUUAUCUACCAGAAGACUAAUUUUGAUUUUCCUUCUGAACUUCAAUUUCCAGAUGCCGCUUCAAGCUACCGUUGACGGAGAAGUUGGACGGAGACACGGAAUGCCGACUUUUCACGCCCUAUGACCGACGCCACGUUCCUGGAAAACUUUACCUUUCUCCUAACUUCAUCUGCUUCGAUAGUCGGGUAAAACGUUUUCCUUAUCAUUUUCCCGAAUCUUGAAAAUCUCUGACUUCUCUGCGCUCUCUCUACUCUCACCGGCUAGGUAAUAUGAAUAGGGAAAUAGUAUGUGAAUAGGAGAGUGUCGCAGAGAAAUGAGACUGCUCAAAGUUAGGAAAAUUUGAAACUUUAAACUUUUUUAAUGCUCUUUAGUUUCCAAGGACUUUUUGAUUAUUUUAAAACAUUGAGUUUUUUAGACUGAGCGACUCGUUUCUUUGGUUUUACCGAUGGCUGAAAUCAUGUCGGCUGAAGAAUGCACACCGGCCUCCAAAUCGUCUUUGGUUCUUCAAGGGAUCCUGCUUUGCCUGGCUAAUGGGGUGAGUUUUAGAAAAAUGAUGCAAUGUGUUCCGCAGCGCAACAGGUUGUGCGCCUGUUAAGGUCGAAAGGGUCACAAGUUCGAUUCCCGCUGUGACUCAACCAACUCAGAAACGCCAUAGUGGUCUCUUUGGGGGUUAGGAAGGAAACAGUCUCUACUUUACCUGCACGAGAAAAGACGUCUUUUUGAGGAAAUUAUGAAACGAGAAAGUACAAAAUUUCUUCGUAUGUCCCUGAUAAGGUUCAAAAAAUUUCUUUCUCAUCUUUUCAAUAAACUUUAUUCAUCCUUUUCAGAAAAGAAAAAAACCUUCUUUUUCAACAUUUCAAUUUUUGUGAAAAAGGGUUUUCAUAAGGUUUUUUUAUUCGAACUAGUCAGUAGUUUCUCAGAGGGCGUCAAAUUUAUUGAAACACCCUGAUUUUUUUUUUUUUGAAUGAAAAACUUGAAAACACCAAAAUGCACUAAUUAGAAGCAAGAUAUUGCAUACAUAGUGACCAGAAAAGGGGCGAGGUACCUUAAUUUGAUGUUAAAAAGUUUCCAAAAAAUUAGCUUCAAGUUGAAAAUUCGUUUUUAGAGUUUUUUUUUUCUUGCUCACAAGCCAGAAUACGUUACUCAUUCAAAAUUUAUUCAGCCUUUAGAGAAGAUUCUCUGCUCAAUAUUGGAAUGGUUGAAUAUUUAUUUUUGAUUCGCGGAGUUGUCGUUGAUCAAGGACGUCGAGUAGAACAUCUCGCCCUUGUAGUAGGAAAAUUUUGAGCGUACCGACGAACAGCUGUUUCUAAAUAAAUAUUCAUAGGGUGUUUUUUCCAGUCGACGAUCGUCUUCUCUUCGGUGCCUGACCGUGACCGAGUGAUGGCCAAAAUCACGACUUUUAUCGAAAGAGGAAAAAUUGAGAGGAUCAUGGCGAAAGGCGAGGAAAAGACGGCGAUGAAGAGGUCGAGAAGUGUAAGGAAUAUCAAGAAAAAUCGAAAAAAGGAUUAAAUUAAAGUCGUCGGCGUCGGUUUGCUCGACGUCGUCCGUCGAGAUUCUGGAUUAUCCUUUCGUCGAAAGAUAUCCAUUCGGAGUGGAUGUUGGCGCCAAGUGCAAGGCCAAGUGGGAUCGUUACUUGCAGGUAAUCUUCGGGGAAUCAAAAUCACUUACUAGUUAGGUAAAACGGAAAGUUCCUUUGAGGACUCACAGAACGAGCUAAAAAGGUUUCAUUGAAAGCUCCUACAGUUAUGGGAAACACUGGUGAAUCGAGUGGUAGAUAAAAGUAGGUACCGGGUAGCAACUCAAGUGAAUCGGCGAAUCGUAAUCGGUGGUCAUUUUUAUGCGACCGGGUACUAUCUCUAUGGUACCUGGAUAGUACCUGAUCGGUAUCUGGAUGCUACCGGGUAUGUACCUGAAAUUCGCGAUUGCCACUAGUUGGCACAUCGAUCGUUUAUAUAGCAUCAGUGUUUUUUUACACCUUCCCAAGCCUUCCAGGGUCCUAUUGGAUAAAGCUGAAGCAGAAAAUAACGACCCGGGAACCAAUUCCAGACUUUCCGAGAGAAAUCGCGAAUUUCAGGUAGCUACCCGGUAGCUACUUGCAUCGACGUCCCACCCAGGUACCAUAAAGAUGGUACCCGGUCGCAUAUAAACGACCACCGAUUACCACACGCCGAUUGAAUUUUUCAAAAGUUGCUACCUGGUAGCUAUUUGUAUCGACUUUCCGAUUCAUCUUUGAAAAGCUUUCAAGGCCCUUCUUCAUAGCUUCAGGAGAUCUUUUUAUAAGCUUUCCAGAAUCUUUUCAUUAAAGGAAGUGAAAAUAUGCAAAAUGAAGAUAAAAAAGAUCUUUUGGGGAUCUUAAAAGAUCUGUUAGCUAUGUUGAGAAACGGUUUAAAAAAAUAAUUAACUUUCGAAAAAAAUGAUACCUUUUUUUAACCAUUGAUAAUUUAUAGGGGUUUUUCAGCAAUUUCACUGUUUUAAAUAGGAAUUUUCGUUGCUGGUUGCACUAUUCCGAAGAUCUAUUUUUGUUCUCCUAUCGUUUUUUUUUUAUAUGGAGAGAUCAUUCAAAUUUUCAUGACCUUUGGAAUAUUUCAAGUUCUUUUUUUAAAAGACCUAAAAUGUUUUUUUUAGGAAUAUGGCUCGGGAAAUUGCAUGUACAGGACAGUCGAACUCCAUCGUUUGCUUCUACGAGGCGUUCCACUUCAGUUGAGGGGCGAGGUAUACGAAAAACCAUUGUCCGUACCUACUUAUCAAGUAAAUGUUCCUAGAUCUGGAUGAUUUGUUCUGGAGCUGGAGCGGAAAUGUCAUUGAAUCCCGGUUAUUACCAGCAACUUCUGCAGAAGAACCAAGGCGUUUAUUCGGUCGCUCUGGAAGAAAUCGAACGGGAUUUACAUCGGUUUCCAUAUGAAAUUUAUUGAAAAUGAACUUUUUCGUGGAUUUAGAAGCCUUCCGGAGCAUCCGGCCUUUCAACAAGGUCCCGGAAUCGACGCGUUGAGGAGGAUUUUGACGGCUUACGCUUUCAGGAAUCCGAAUAUUGGUGAGAAAUUGGGAUUACUGAGAAAAAAUAGUUUUGUUUUGAAAUUUAAAAAAUGUGAAAAGAUGGUUUUCAUCAGUUAGGCUGAUGGAAGAAAGAAAAAAGGCGAGAUUGCAGGAUUAAAAAAAAAAGAAGGAUUAUGAUCGAUUUUAUGAGUUAUGGUUUUCAGAAACUUAUACUUUAAAAAUAACUGGAGCUUUCGAUACCUCUUUAAGUGGUCCAUAGAGAAGUUUUAGUGGUCACUUCAGUAGUUUUGAUACUUUUCAAGUGACCUCUUGGACAGAUGUUUUAAUUGAAACGCGAAAAAUUAACUAGAAUAUCCGGAAUGAAUUACAGUUCCACAUAAGGUUGCCACUAUAGGGACCACUCUGGCAUUCCUGAGGUUUGAAGAAUUGAAGUCGAGUCGGAAUUUCAAGAAGAGGAACGUCAAAAGUGUUACGAAGAUUUUUUGAUCAGAACUUACUUGUAUGGAGUUCGAUCUUUCUAGAAACUCCAGGAUUGGUCAUGACUGUUAUUUGUAACACUCUGGUGGAAUUUCAGCACGCAGAAAAAAAAAACCCAGUUCCACGGAGUUUCCGAGAGAGCUCUAUACGAGAAAGUUGGGAGCAAAAAAAUUUUUUCAUAUAUUUUUUUGACGGUACUUCAGCUUUGUUUUCACACAGAAUGCUUCCAAAUAAUCACAAGCUUGAAAGAUUUUGAAAUUAUUGGCCAAACUUGAUAAUUUCAGUUUAAACUUACAGGCUACUGCCAAGCGAUGAACAUUGUCGGAUCGGUAUUAUUGCUGUUCGCCAAGGAAGAACAGGCGUUUUGGCUACUCGUCGCCAUUUGUGAACGACUUCUGCCCGAUUAUUACAAUACCAAAGUCGUUGGAGCUCUUGUGGAUCAAGGUUUUUAAUAAGAGAUUUGAAUUUUGAACGAUCAUCAUACAUUUUAAAAUUUUACCUGUUAUCAACGGUCACUGAUAAUAUAUGCUUAAAAAAGGUUCCUACUUUUUAAAAUCAUCUAGAAAAACUAAUUUUCAUAAAUAAAAAAAGUCGAGUUUUUUUCGAUUUUGGGGACUUGUGGCGGGGUGUGUGCUAUGACGUCACUUUUAACAUGUGGCCUGGCCCACGUAUGACGAUCACGGGAAACUGUAGUGUUUAGGACAUAAUCAAAGAUUUUUCUUGGAGUUUCUCUAAAAAUUCGCAUUUUUGAGGCGUUUUCUCCGAACUGGCAGAACGACUUCUUCCUUCGGUCGGAGCCAAACUCACUGAACUCGGUCUGAACGACAUGGUGGUGCUCUCUUGGUUCCUGACCGUCUUCCUCAGCGCCAUCAAGUUCGACGCCGCUGUUCGGAUCCUCGACCUCUUCUUCUUUGAAGGGGCUAAGGUUUUUCAAAUUCGAAGACGAGCUCUUCGAAAAAAGGAAAUACGAGGGUUUUAGAAGGCUUCAGGAGACCCAGGAUGGUUUCUGAAGCUUAAAAAUAGUCUUAAAGUUACAAAAAGACUGGGGGACCUUGUAGAAUACAGUAGUAGACUUUCAAAAAAAGACUUGAAAAAGGACAUUGAAAACAUUAAGGACAUUGAAAAAGUACUUGGAGACGUCAAAAAUGUCUUGAAAUCAAAAAAGUGUCAAAAGAGUCUCAAAAUGAGAUUGGAAAACCUAAGGUAUACUUCAAGACAUACAAAAAACUACUUUUAAGAGUUCCACUUCAUUGCACAUUUUCCAAAGGUCCUCUUAAGUUUUUUAAGCUCCUCCUUAUUCCUUCAAGCUUUUCCUGCUCUCAUCCCUAUAAUCUCGAAACUUUAGCUGAUGUUCCAAGUGGCGCUGGAGAUGCUCAAGGAGAACGAGGAGGUGAUCUGCAAGUCGAAAGACGACGGCGAAACCUUGAUGGCCUUGUCCCACUACACGGAGAGCAUCUACGAGGGCGAACGGUCAGAUCCGACGACGCCUACGGAUCCUUCGACCCCAGUCCUGGAGUCACCCCUCACUCUGAGCACUUUCCUUAACGACGUCGAGGAGGCCUUGAUGCUCACCGAGGAGAGGUCUGUCACCACGACGACGUCUCCGGAUAAUGCCAAGGUGGGAGAAAAUGGAGAAAAAAAAAGAUGGUUUUUGUAGAUUCCGAUAGGCGAACUUUUGAAGAACUCCUAUCAGAACUUUGGCUACGCCUUUACGAAUGAGACUAUCGAUUCGCUCCGACUCAAGCAUCGUCUGAAAGUCGUUCAGGUAAAGUAGUGAGAAAGAUUGAGGCGCUAAAAAACGGAAUUCUCUGAAGGUCUGAUACAUCAUCAUUGAAAAUUUAAAUAAUCGGUCUUCCUCAUACAUCGGCUGGAUCCCAUCCCAGCCUUUUGCGCGCGAAAAACAAAUCGCAAGUUGAACGAAAAGUUGCUUGAGGACCCUCAAAAGGAGCUGGAAAGGCUCCGCUGAAAGCUCCUGAAAUAAUGGAAAAAAAGCUUUUUUUUUAAAGGUACACUGGAUCAAAAAAAAAGAUGAGGGUGGGCGAGCAGCUUGAAUGAGUUUCCGUACCCUUUUUAUCUUUGGAAAAAAAUAUAUAAUUUUUUUCUCUUUUUUCAGAACCUCGAAGACAGCCAAAUGAGGAGUAUCAUCAAAAGUGUCGGAAAGGACUGCAAAUUUUUCGGACGAGGAGCUGGAAGAGCUCUACAAUGUUGUGAAGGUAAUCGAAAAAUUUAUUACUGAAGGAAAAAAAUGCAAUUAUUAAGUUUUGAAACAUCCCUGUAGCUCAUACGGGCCUGUAUCAUUGUCGGUGA